GAACAUGCAUUUGCUUUUGUGACUGCGUUUCUUGAUAUUUUGCCAUUAGGCAAUUUAAUAGAAUUUAUGUGGGAUACUUAUGACUGCGACUGUAAAGAAGACAAGAUAUUUAUAAAUGAUAAAGAUAUAAUCUGGGUUGAAUAUGUUACAGAAAU